AAAAGUCCACGUCAUUUCAUCAAUUUUUAAAGAUAUAUUGUAAUUAGAAAAAUUAUUUCAGAAAAGAGGUAUUUUAAAAAUAAAUAAUGGAUAUGUUGUCUGGUGAUGUUAAUCCUGAGAGUCUUAACGAUUUGAUGGAAGCACACGUUAGAUCUCCGUUGGAAAAUUUGAACGAAAAUUGGUGUUACGAUUUCACCGAUCCAUUUGACUUUUUGGGUAACUAUGAUAAUUCUCCAAUUAAUUCCUUUCAAAAUCCGUAUGACGAAAUAUGUAUGGGUUUGGAUUCUGAGGCUGAAAACAUCUCAGGAAGUUCUUCAGAUUCUGGAGUUUCUUCGGAUAACUUAGAUGUUGAUAUUAAUGAUACAUUAAAUUUAGCAACUGAAAAUGUAAAUAAAAAUGUUUUUACCGAGGAUUCUCCACAAUUGUUGAGUAAACCAUCAAAUGAAAAUGAUGAGAAAACUCUGCCUAAGGUAGUUGUACAAAAGGUUCCUCAGUUAUUUACAAUAACACCAAACAACACAAACAUAUUUUCGAAAAAUAAAUCCCUUGAUAAAGCGAAUACACCAAAAGAAAUUAAAGUUGUAAAAGUUGCCCCACUUAAUAAUAGUGUUAAUAAAAAUAGAAAUGUCACAAUUCAAAUAAAUAAUUCUAAAAAUAAUGGAAAAAUUCAAACAAAUCCUGGAACAUUUUUCAUUAGCAAGGGUAAAAUUGCUGAAAUAAAAAAGAGCAAUCAAAAUCCUAAAAAUCAACAUUCUAUUUUAAUUCCUAUAUCGGUCAAGGGCAUAAAAGAUUUCAAGGCAGUUAAAUUGUUAAAAACCAUACCUAAAGAAAAAACAUUUGAAAAUGAACCAAAUUUAAAAUUAUAUUCACAUGGAUUACAUAUUGAGAAAGAUUAUCAAGAUGACGAAGAUGAUAAAAUGGACUAUGAAACAGAGAGUGUCAAUGAAAAAGAAUUAAAAUAUCCCAAGCUUAUAUUAACCUCUGAAGAAAAACGGCUUUUAGCUAAAGAAGGGAUAACUUUACCACAAUAUUAUCCUCUGACUAAAAAUGAGGAAAGAGAAUUAAAACGAAUACGCCGAAAAAUUCGUAACAAAAUAUCAGCUCAAGAUUCAAGAAAACGGAAAAAAGAUUAUGUUAUUGGAUUGGAAGCGCGUGUAAAACAAUGCACGGAGGAAAACCAGAAUUUAAUGAAACGCAUCAAAGUAUUGCAAUUGCAAAAUCAAAGUUUAGUAUCGCAAAUGAAAAAAAUGCAAAAUUUGCUUACGAAAGGUACGGAUAAAAUUACACAUCCCACUACUUGUUUAAUGGUAUUGUUAAUGAGUUUAGCACUAAUAACAGCUCCAAAUUUAAAUUUAACUAAAAAUGAAAAAGAAUUGAUGCUGGAUGAAUUUUCGAAUACUCAAGAUAUUGCUAUUCAAAAUAGAAAUUUAUUAUCAAAUUCAAAGACGAAUAUUCUAGAAAGCUUUGAAGACGAUAAAGCAUUUUCCUCAAAAAGUAAUAAUUUGAAAUUUGUUGAUUAUGAUGUCGAUGACAGAAAUUGGUAUGAGAUAAAAACAGAUGCUGAGAAUAAUUCUAAGCAUAUUGCACAUAGUAAUAAUAUAUUUACAUCACUACCUUUAGAAGAAAUUCAUAAAGGAAAUAACAACGAUGGAGAUAUACUAGAUUUGUUUUCUACGAAUUAUUUUUUCAAUUUCGAUUCAUUAAAUGGAGCUAAUGUUGAUGAAAAUAAUAUUGACAUGAAAAAUGAAAACAAAUUUCAGUCUCCAGAAAUAACGAAACAACUAAAUGUGUUAUCUUAUCCAAGAUAAAUUGUUAAACAAUCAUCACUAUUUAUUCGGAUAUAAAAAAAUAUAAUUUUUUAGCUUUGA